AUGAAAAAGGGUUAAGUAGGGUUUAAUAUCGCAUUGGCGUGGAAGCAGAGCAGGGAGGCCAUUAUCCAUUCUCACAACAAAGUCUUUGGUUCAGCAGAAGACCAAGAUGUCAGUUUACCGCCUGCUCCUACGUCGCGUGGCCGCCGCCCGCCCCAUGUUUUCUCUGACCCAAACCCGUUCUUACGCCUUCUCCUCCGCCGAAGAAGCCGCGGCCGAGCGGCGUCGACGGAAGCGUCGUCUGCGCAUCGAGCCUCCCCUUAACGCGAUUCGUCCUCCUCCGCAGCAGGGCCCUCCGCGCGACCCGAACGCCCCUCGCCUCCCUGACUCGACCUCGGCGUUGGUGGGCCCUCGGCUGAGCCUCCACAAUCGCGUCCAGUCCCUGAUCCGCGCUGGCGACCUGGACGCGGCGUCCGCCAUCGCCCGUCACUCUGUGUUCUCGGCGACACGGCCGACCGUGUUCACCUGCAACGCCAUCAUCGCCGCCAUGUACCGUUCUGGGCGGUACGAGGAGGCCAUUGGUCUCUUCCAGUUCUUCUUCAAGCAGUCGAACAUCGUCCCCAACAUCGUGUCCUACAACAACGUGAUCAACACCCACUGCGACGAGGGCCGCGUGGACGUGGCCCUGGAAGUGUACCGCCACGUCCUCGCCAACGCCCCCUUCAGCCCCUCCCCCGUCACCUAUCGCCAUCUCACCAAGGGUUUGAUCCAAUCCUCUCGCAUUUCAGAAGCCCUUGACCUCUUGCGCGAGAUGCUCACUAAGGGCCACGGCGCUGACUCUCUCGUUUACAACAAUCUCAUUUCCGGCUUCCUCCAUUUGGACAAUUUCGACAAGGCCAUCGAACUCUUCGAGGAGCUUAAGGAGCGUUGCCUCGUCUAUGACGGCGUUGUCAAUGCCACUUUCAUGGAAUGGUUCUUCGGCAAGGGCAGGGAUAAGGAGGCCAUGGACUCCUACAGGUCCUUGCUGGACCGCCAGUUUAGGAUGACCCCUGCUACCUGCAAUGUCCUUUUGGAGGUCUUGCUCAAGCAUUCCAAGUCUAACGAGGCCUGGUCUCUUUUUCAUCUCAUGUUGGACAAUCACACCCCUCCCAAUUUCCAGGCUGUUAACUCUGACACCUUCAACAUUAUGGUCAAUCACUGCUUCAAGCUUGGAAACUUUGAGGAUGCCCUUGCUACUUUUAAGAAGUUUGGAACUAAGCCUAAUUCUAAGCCCUUUGCCAUGGAUGUUGCCGGCUACAACAAUAUCAUUGCUAGGUUUUCUGAGAAUGGGAUGCUUUCCCAUGCCGAGACCUUGUUUGAAGAACUCUGCUCUAAAUCUUUGAGCCCCGAUGUUCCCACUCACAGGACCUUGAUUGAAGCCUACUUGAGAAUGAACAGGAUCGAUGAUGCUCUCAGGAUCUUCAACAGAAUGGUCGACACUGGUCUCAGGGUGGUUGCUACCUUCGGUAACACCGUUUUCCAUGAAUUGAUUAAGAAUGGUAAAGCCCUUGACUGUGCUCAAAUUUUGAGUAAAAUGGGAGAAAAGGAUCCCAAACCUGACCCCACUUGUUAUGAGGUUGUAAUCAAGGGACUCUGUGCUGAUGGCUUGUUGGACAAAAGCCUAGAGCUGCUGGAUGAGGUUAUGAGGUAUGGUGUUGGGCUCACGUCUUCCUUGCGGGAAUUUGUGACUGAGGUUUUCAAGAAAGCUGGGAGGAGUGACGAGAUUGAGAGGCUGCUAGAUAUGAACAGAUUUGCAUACACUCCUCGUCCUUCCCCACCAAGACCUGCUUACCGUCCACCACCACCACCACCGGUCAGGUUCCCCUCCCAAAUGGCAGGGGCAGCACAUAACCCACCUUCUGGGUUUCAAACACAAAUGGCAGCACAGUGGCAUCCAACACCUCCUCCUCAAAUGACAGGAGCACAUUAUCCACCUUCUCAAAUGGCUGGAGCAGCACAUAACCCACCUUCUGGUUUUCAAACACAAAUGGCUGCACAGCAGCCUCCAACACCUCCUCCUCCUCAAAUGACAGGAGCACAUUAUCCACCUUCUCAAAUGGCUGGAGCAGCACAUAACCCACCUUCUGGGUUUCAAACACAAAUGGCAGCACAGCAGCGUCCAACACCUCCUCCUCCUCAAAUGACAGGAGCACAUUAUCCACCUUCUCAAAUGGCUGGAGCAGCACAUAACACACCUUCUGGUGCUCCACAUCAGGUGUUGGGGCAUCAACGCCCGCCACUGCCUUCUCAAAUGACAGGAAUGCAUCAACCUUCAUGGGGAUUAUCUCCUCCAAUGACUGGGCCUCAUCCUGGAUCGUCACCUCAUAUGACAGGACAGUCAUACCACCCUAAUACAUCUGAACAUCCUCCUCACAUGAGCAGGGUAGCCCCGCAAAUGACAGAGCAGCAUUAUACACCAUCUGGAUCUUCACCUCAAAUGGCAGGACACGGACAUCAGCCUUAUGGAACACCACAUGGGCCCCAACAAAUGGAAGAACGAUGGUAUCCAUCGUCAGGGUUGUCUCCUCCAAUGUCAGGGUCCUCUAUUCCUUGGAAUGGAGCAUCAGCUAAAAUGUCACCACCAUAUCAUAGAUCUGCAGCACCAUCUUCUCAGGUGACUGGACCAUAUCACCCAUCAUCAUCAUCAUCAUCCCCUCCUCACUUUGAGGAAUCUCAUCAACAGCAAUCAGAAGUCCCUGAACAGUUGGGAAACGCAAAACCAUUUUGAUAUAAAGAAAAUGGGGCAGUUUUCAACUUCAGACAUGCAAGCCCAAUAGAGGAAAGCUGGAUAGAAAGAUGAAAUAGUUACUUACAUUGGGUUUCAGACUAUGGGGGAGAUAUUAUAAAAUUUAUAUUAACCAUCAAACUUCAAUUAGUAUUUCCAUGACAGCACAUGUACUAUGUGAUUCAUUUUUGUACUUGUGGGUCUGUAGUAUGCACGAAAUUGGUAUUACAUUUUUUUUUACCAAUUUUAUAUAUUGAUUUUAUUGGAGGA